GCCCCAAAAGGCAAAGGCAAAACACGAGGGAAGCGCUCCUCAAUGAGCCUGCAGCAAUUCCAUCAGCAGACUCAAGGAGUGGCUAGCAACCGACCCAGCGGAUCCGCCUGGGGCAAAGGUGCUGCUAUGCGAACCUGCACAUGGGCAGCAGAGGAGCCAACACCAGCUGACGCUGAUUUAGCGGCAGGCUCCCCAACCAGAUCGCAGUCCUUUGCUUCGGCGUGGGUGAAGGGUCCCCCCGCCUCAGCUAUGGAUACCUUGUGGGAUGCUCCUCCUACGGUGGAGGAGGUGCCAGAGGAGGUUUGGCAAGCGCCAGCGGUGCUACCGCACGACACUCCGGCAGAAGAAGCCGCCAAAGGCGACGGCUUCGAAGGAGCCGAAGCGUUUGAAGUUGCUGAAGAGGCAACAAGGCCCUGCGCCGAAGAUUCCAAGGUCGAGGACCCAUUCUACCGCGACAUUUGUGCCUGGUUAAAGCACCUGAACCUCUCUGAACAUCAAGAGGCCAUCUAUACUUGGUGUGAAGAGAUGGGCGCAGCCACCCUGGAGGAGGUCGUGGAGAGCGCAGAGGACUUGCUUGAGGCUGUGCACAUCAAACCUUUGCAGGUCAAACGCUUGCAAAGUAAAGCACAAGAAGCCUUGGAUGCAGUCCGGAUGGAGCUUCAAGAGGUGCAAGAGGUGAAAUUGGAACCUGAAGAAGCGAAGUCUUCAGAGGUGCUCGAGGUGCUCGAGCCAAGCGAUGCAGGUCAGGAAGAAGCACCUGAAGGCAAGAGCUACUACGCUCCAGCCACUUCUAGCGGAGCUGCUAGGGCCCAAAGUUACUACAAGAGCUUGGCGAAGAUUGAGGACGAAAACUACUUGAAGUCCAGCUUCACUGAGACAGCCACUUGGCUUCCCAUGGCCAAAGCGGCAUCACAAGGAAGUCGUAAGCGACGGCACAAGGAACAGCUCAAAGAAGCCGAACAGGCGAAGCUGGCGGAGGACUUGGCGGAGGAAGAGAAGCGCCUGGAAGCGCAGAGGCUGAUGGAGCAGCAGCUGAGAGAGGAGAAGGAGAGAAAGCUGACAGAAGCUCGUGCAUUGAUCGCAUCCACCUUGGAGCGGUCGGAGUCGGAGGCCUUCUAUGCCGCGGUGGCCGCUGCCAAAGAGGUGCAGAAUCGAUGCGGAAAACUCCCCCGAAGACAGCAGCAGGUGGACCUUCCUGCAGAGGAGAUCCGGGAGGCUGAGCGACAGCUGAAACUGGCGCUGCAGAGGAGGCUCCAAGCCAGAAAUGAUGCGCUUUGCACCCUGCAAGCAACGCUGGAGGCUCCAAAGGACG